CGACUAUGAGUGAGACACUCCAAGUACUCAUGCCGCAACAGUGUGCCACAACCAGUCAAGGCAGCACUUUGGAACAAUUUCGAGCCUUCCGCCAGCCUGGUUUCCGGGCGUGUCAACUUGAUGUACGCCGGUCCCAUGCCUCAAAGCCAAAGACCAAGACUACACAGCGUGCCCUCUUGCUAGCCCUCGCUUCUGCCUGCUGAAGCCAC